AUGGGCCCCUGUACCGCCUCCUCAUGCUGCUGCCAGGCCCGUAAUCUGCCAUGGGCCCCCGUACCAACUCCUCAUGCUGCUGCCAGGCCCGUAAUCUGUCAUGGGCCCCUGUACCGCCUCCUCAUGCUGCUGCUGCCAGGUCCAGAGUGUGUCAUGGGUCCCUGUACGGCCUCCCAUUGCUGCUGUCUCCAUCGCCACACUCUGCCAUGUGCCACUUUCAGGUCUCCUCACACUGCUGGUGGGUUCCAUUUUGUCAUAGGGUGCUGUAUGGCCUCCCAUUGCUGCUGCCUCCACCGCCAUACUGUGGCUCCACACUCUGGUUUUGGCCCCGUGACUGCCCAAAUGAGUGAAGUGUGCGGUGAUUCUAAGAUCGACGGCACUCAUCUGCAUGUCAUACUGACUGACAGUAUUAUUUCUCUUCCCCAGCAGACUCCAAGGGCAUUUAAAUUAAAGGUACAGUGUUCUGCACUAAUAUAA